GGCGGAAGAUCCUCAAGCGCACCCCGGACGUCCUGUCCUUGAACGACUUUGCCCACCGGGCGUACGGCCGUCCCGUGCAAGUCUUUGUGAUCGUCUUGUCGCUGCUGAACAUGUCUGUGGCACUCAUCAGUGAGUACACGGCCAUCGGCGACCUGUUCGAGCACUAUGUCGGGGGCCCUUCCCGCAUCUACAUCAUCAUCCUGGUCGGUCUCGUGACGGCUGUCUACACGGCAAAGGGGGGGCUGCUCAUCUCUCUCCUCACCGACCAGCUUCAAGCCGCUUUAAUUUUGGUCUUGAUUUUGAUUGCCUCGCUCUAUCUUGUCGUCAACUUUCGCGAACCCCUGCGCCAGCCCCUGCCGGAGCGUUUAGGCAUCAAUUACUCGGGGUUCAGCUCCAUUUUCUCCCUUCC